AUAUACACACACACACUAUUAUUCUGGUUUUUUUUUAUUUUUUUUUUGCUAUUUAUGUAACGAACUCCGGAAUUUGCUAUUUUCCCCGGUUUUCCUUUACCACUGUCUCCCAAAACACACGAAAGGGAUGACGUUCUGAGCUGUUAGUGUGGCAUUUUAUGGGCCAAGGCCCAACCCAAAAGGGCUGCAAUGUGAUUACCCGCCAUUCUCCAAAGUCCGAAACUAACUGAUUUUUCACCAAAAUUAACUGCCCACGUUUCCCUGUUUAAAGAUUGAAGUUCGAAACCACCCGCCCACUCUCCGAAGAUGGCAAAAAGAAAAAAAAGUACUCAACUAACUUUUCCAUCGUAAAUAAAUAAAUGGAAUACACUCCGCCAUUUCCAAAUUCCAUAGAAACUUCUCACUAAAAUCAACACCCGAUUUAUAAACUCCUUCAAUUGGAAUGAAGACAACAUACACCCCACCAUUCUCUGCUUAUAUGCUGGUAAUUUCAACUGCAGUAAUGGUGGCUGCCACCGCUUUUCAGUUCAAAGUCGGCGACGAAAUUGGUUGGCAACUUCCUCCGACCAACGACUCUGAAUUCUACGUUUAUUGGGCCUCCAUCAACCGAUUUCAAAUUGGAGAUUCUCUCUCUUUUGAAUACAAGAAUGAUUCAGUUCUAAUGGUUGAAAAAUGGGAUUAUUAUCACUGCAAUUCAAGUGACCCAAUUUUGGGUUUCAAUAACGGGAAAGGCGUUAUAAAGCUAAACAGGGCAGGGGCUUUUUACUUCAUCAGUGGCUUUUCCGAUCACUGCAGAAACGGCCAACGCCUCCUCGUCCGAGUCAUGUUGCCGCAUGAUCUAAUCGUUGCCUCCCCACCGCAAUCUACUGCCGACGAUGCUCCUUCGCCCUCGUUCACCAAUGAUGGAGCUCCUCUUCCGGUCACUGCGCCGGUGGUGUUCUUCCCCAUGGCUGCCAUUGUCGAAAUGUUACUGAUCUCUCAUCCUCUUAAUUAAUUAGCCUAUUUCCUGUCGUUUGGUUUUGUUGGUUACUGUUUCAUUGCUUAUUGUUUUGAUUUUUUAAAUUUUAUUUUACUGUUGGUAAUUGGUAUGCGAUUCAUCAUUAUGUAUUCUUUCAACUGUUCAAUGUAAUUUGUCAUGUCUAAUACUCCAUACAGAUCUUUAACAUGACUUUCUUAAUAUGUUAAGGAAGUUUACUAGAGAAA